AUGAAAGACCAGCAACCAUCCAAGCCAGUGACCACGUUCGUCUAUCCUAACAGGCUUGAGCGCGGUGACGGCGUUGAUCACAACAGUAUCACUGUUGGCGAAUGGAGCAAUGGAUUCUUCAAUUGCUGCGACGACAUCAUCCCCAACGGCUUGAUGGCACUCCUUUGUCCCGUGAUCACGGUGGCUCAGAUCACUGUUCGUCUCGGAUUGGCCGGUUACGCGUUUAUCCUCGGUAUGCACGUCGCGUUGUAUCUUCUGGGACUAGUGGCUGCAGCAGCAGACAACCCCCUGCUGCUGCUUUUGUGUGUGGUUGCGGAGAUCAUCACGACUGUCAGCAUCGUCUGCCUUCGACUCAAAAUGCGCCACCUUUUCUCCAUCCCGGGCAAUGCCUUCCGAGACGCGGCCCUCGUAAUGCUGUGUCGUCCCUGUGCAAUCGCUCAGAUGGCGACGCAUGUAGAAGCCUAUACUGCUGGGAAGUGCAUGUUCCGAGCGCGCAGUACACUGCCAGGUUACGUAGGUUGAACAAAGGAUACUCAGAGCGCCAAUCACCACACCAACCGACACCGAAAACACUAGCGGGUAGAUUUCAGGGUCACGCGAUGACACCAUGAUGAAGUUUUUUUUCCUUGGCUCUUGGACCGACUGGUACGGAGUGGUGGGGCAACCACAGGAAUGAUCACAUUCGAAUUUAUUUCCACCGG